AUGGUGCAAGACGAUGCCAAGGCGGCCUUGGAGGUAGAGUACGAGCGGCAGCGCGAGGACAACAUCAGGGCCAACAUCGAGCUGAUGAAAUCGCUCGGCCUCUACCACGACGAUGUGGCCCUCGCCAAGAAGCCCGCCUCCGCAUCUUCACCCUCGAAGCGCAAGCGGGACGGCCCCGACGAGCCCUUCACCCCGCUCUCCUCCAAUGCCGCUCUCCGGACCCGUCUCACUCGAUCGGCUUCGCGCAAUUCGGUCACCGCGACGACGUCCGAGUCGUUUUCGUCGCCGUCGUCCUCGGCGAAGCUCACUCCGCGAUCCGCCCUGCGACGUUCCACCCGCGUAAGGUCGAGCACGCCUUCAGCGAUACCGCGGACCUUGCGACGCCACUCGCUACCCCUCUCUUCCUUUAUCAUGGGCGACGAUGACGACGAGGACGAUCACCGACAGCGCAAGGCCGACAAGCUCGGUCGACGGAUCCACUCUCCCAAACGUUUCGGUCACAUACCCGGCAUCAAGAUCGGAACCGUCUGGGAAAAGAGAAUGCACUGCUCCACCGAUGCCGUCCACGCGCCCACCGUGGCCGGUAUCAGCGGGAACCCAGAGGUCGGAUGCUGGAGCGUAUGUCUGAGCGGCGGGUACGAAGACGAUUUUGACAGCGGACACUACUUCCAGUACACGGGUUCCGGCGGCCGAGACCUGAAGGGGACGAAGGAGAACCCAAAGAACCUCCGCACCGCACCCCAGAGCAAGGAUCAGUCCUGGACCGACAACACGUACAAUGCGGCGCUCUACAAGUCUAGUCAGACUGGCAAGCCGAUCCGCGUCAUCCGCGGGUACAAGGCCAACAACCGCUACGCCCCCGAUGCCGGCUACGUCUACAGCGGGCUCUACGUCUGCGAGAAGGCAUGGAUGACCACCGGCCGAGCCGGCUUCAAAGUGUGCAAGUUUGCCUUCCGCAGGCUCAAGGAUCAAGACCCACUCCCAGUCUUCAGCCGCGACCUCAUGCAACCCGAGCCCAAGCCCAAGCCCAAGCCCGACUCCUCGUCUGUGGCAUCGUCCGCGCGAUCGUCCGCGUCGGCCACGACGACUUCUGCUUCCUCCGAGUCCACGCCGACGUCUGCGGCGCGGCAGACGCGCUCGGCAGCGUCCAAGUCGGUCAGGCCUCGUUCCGGUGUCCCUGACGGCGUCGUCAGCCCGACACCAGGCAAGCGGCUCACAGAAUCGCCGGCGAUCACCACAGGGCUGCGUCGGUCAAGGCGAAGCAUCGCCGGGCGCGCCGUAUGA